AGCCCAGCAAUGACUGGCUCAUUCUCGAAGCGUCCGGAGCUCUGCCCGUGGAAUAUAUAAGGCGUGUGUUCCGAGGGCUGCGAUAGAUCAGACACUGAAGUCUACGAGUUCAUACCAGCCGGUUUUGAGCCAAGUGACAGAAGAGGCAGAGACGAUGCUGAGCUGCCGGACUUUCCUCCCUUCCCGUCGGUGGCAGCAGCCUGUGCACACACUGUGGUCCGCUCCACUCGCUGUCUUUGAGCCGCUCGAGUGGCCCGCGUGGGAACAGGCGGUGGAAGCGAGACCGGGCACGAACUUCAUGGAGCGAGUUGUCGAGGAGCUGGCGAGAGAGUUCAGGGGGGAAAGAGCAAGGAAUGAGAAGCAGAGAGCCGAUGCCGGUGGAGAGGUUCACGGGGAGACAGUGGACAAGGGUGGAGAUGGUUUUUCUCUGUCCCUGGAUGUGCCGCGAUUCUCCCCUGAAGAACUGAAGGUGAAAGUACUUGGAAGAAAAGUGCUGGUGACGGGAAAACACGAGAAGAAGAGCGAGGACGGCAGCGGCUCUUACAGUUACAAAUAUGAAGAGUUCAGGAGGGAGUUCCAGCUGCCAGAAGACGUCGAUGCUGAAGCUCUGAACUGCUGUUUGUCCCAGGACGGUCGGUUAAAGGUUCGAGCCCCACGCCUGGCGCUGCCGGCUGCGGAUGAGCGAGGCGUCCCCAUCAACGUCGCCUCUGAUACAACAACCAGUCCGCGGUUAAAUCCCGGUGGAGAGGCGCAGGAGCAAGAGAAUGGGAACGCUGUGGGGAACAAGUCAUCGGCUGUUCAACAAUGAGCACUCUUCCUGCUCCUUCACAACGAACAUUUCCCACUGGUUGUUUACUGUGGAGCUGAACUUUGUGCAAACUUCUGCAAGAGCAGCAAAAUAUAUCUCGUGUUUCUUGCUACAUUUGGAAACAAUGUCCAAUAAUUAAUCCCUUUCCCUAUUGAUUUGUAUAUUAUUGAUAUAAAAUAGAUGUAAAUGAAUGUCAGCCUGGUAUGCUUAAAAGUUGUUGAUUUUGUUCAAAUAAUUGUAUCAUCAAUUGACAAAAAGUAGAUAACAUUGAAUGUCGACCUGUAAUGGUGAAAUGUUGCGUUAUUUCUCUUGAAACCAGCUUCGUUGUUUUGUACGAUUGCUAAUUGUGAAAAUAAACUUGCAUUUUCCUAAACUA